UUGGGCUGUCUUGGGUGGCCACUUUGCAGGCGGGGGAGUCGUGGUGGUGGCCCUUAGCGGUCUCUUCUUCUGGGUCGCGCGUCUUAAGGUAUCGCGAAGGCGGCGGAAGAAAGCCAGAGUCCGCUGAAAGAACGCCGAUGAAUUCCACUCGCUUUGGGACACCUUUGCAUUUAGGGCCAGCAUUAAAACGCCAAAGGAAAAGGUUGCCCAGAGUCGAACUUUUAACUUUACUUUUAGCAUUGGGGCAGUACUUAAUGCAGGGCGCUUACUCUCAGCUAAAUGUAGCGGUUUUGCAAAUGUGAAAGAUCCUUACCGGCAGAUUAGGCUGGGCAAGGAUAAGCCAUGCAUUCAGCCAGCUUGACCGGUUGGAUUAUAACUCCUGUCAAGCCUGGUCCCAAACGGCAAGGCACAAAAGAUGUUUUCUAGUUGCAUGUGUCUAUUUUCCAUGCAAACAAGUUGUCUGUCAACAUCCACAGAACUUCCCUAACACCCCCUGGUGCUGUAUUCAGUGACCCAAGCAAUCUCUUUUGAAGAGAGAAGCAGGGGGUGUGUAUGUGUCAGUCGAUCUUCAGGUUGGAAACAUGGCACAAAAAAAACCUUUCAGUGGUUGAAAGAAAACAAUGAAGGUCAGGCUCCUGACAUAAACCUCUGGUUAAAGUAGUUUUGCUCUGAGGAAAGUAUUGGGUAUAGUUUACACUUAUAUGUAACCUAAGAAAGAUGAAUUAUGUCUUUGGCUAAAUCCAUUCUCCUUUGUAAUUCAUGUUUCUAUACUGAUAUACACUGGAAUACAUGAAGUUAGAUGCCAAAGUUAUUCACCAACCAACAAAUCAUAGAUACGUUAGUUAGACUCAAAUUUCCCAAAGCCAUAAUAUAGCCUGUUUGCACCACUUUGUGUGUGGUGAGAACCAGUCAUCAAACCAGAGUUAUUGCGAUAUUUACUCAUGUUCCUAAUCAAAUUUAUUUUCAUUUACUUCAUUUGUACUUGUAUGCAGGGAAACCUUCAACCAUAAACAGCCAUAAGGUUAUACUUACAGAAAAUUAUAUCUCUAGAUAACCAAGAUACAUCUAGGAUUGGAGCUAUAAACAGACAAUUUAGUAUUUGCUAUUUUUCUGAAGUGCAUUUUUAGGGAAACGGAGACCUUCCUCUUGGUGUAGGGACUAAGAAAAUUAUAUCCAAAGAUGAUUUUUUAAUAUGAGAGAUAUAAUGGAAACAAGGAGGAUAUGUAAUAGAUGACCCUAGCAUGUCAGAAUGGUCUCUUUAAGUCGGAAUAAAACAAUGUUAAGUCUAGGUUCUAAAUUUCUAGAUGCAGAUCAUACACACACACACAAACACACAUGCACACACACACAGCUUGCAUGUUGGGUUUAGGACAUUUCUUAAUCUCUGGCAAUUUAUAGUAUCAUCCAAUAAAUAUGCUAAAAAAACUGCAGUGAAGACCAGUUUUAUAUUGCUUUCAUGUUGAUAUAGAUUUCUCUCAAUUGUUAAAAAGUGUUCUUCGAUAGAGUAAGGAAACACCAAUUCACAUAUCCUAUUAAAGCGUUUUUUAUUUGUUUGCUUUUACUUUCUGUUGAAUGCCUUGCAUGAAAUUGGCCAUUGUGUUUAAUUCAAUAAUCCAUGAUUAAGUUAUUUUAUAUGGCCUAGAUUCCUGCAUAACAUUAAACCACAAUAGAUGCCUUCACAUGUCAAGGAAAGCAAAUACACACUGCAGAGGUGUAUGGUGUGUGAAUUAAGACCAAUGCUGACCUUUUUCACAAGAGGGAGACAGUAAGGCUCUAAACUCUCCUGAAUUCACAGAGAGACAUGAAUCUGACUGCAAUCUUUUCUGGUUAAUGGAGAGGGACUUUCUACUUUCCACUAAAGGCUGCUCUGAUCUUAUCUUAAAAUUGUGCAUCCUUUUCCUUCCAUCUAUUUGAUAGCAGAGUAGAACAUACCCUGGUGACCCACAUUUUAUGAAGCUUAUUACCUCAGAGAUGGAGAAAAAAAUGCAAUGAGGAUGGUGGGUGGGUGCUGUGUAUGGCAUCUAAGCUAUAAUGAGGUUUCUAACUAGCUUUGUGGCCCCAGCGAGUUAUGGUUGAUUCACUAAACCCUAUUUAAUAAACAUAAUUCAUUAAUAAAACGAAUUAGAUGGCGGUAAAAAUAAAUAGGAACACCUUUUUUAAAAAUGCCAGGUAAACCCAACUGUGACUCCCCCCCCACCUGCGUUUAUCUGGCCUUACUCCUUGAAGGCGCACGAAACCUUCUUGGGCAAUAAGGGUGGAGGUGAGCAGGACAGAAGCGUUGCGUUGGCGGGGAAGCCUUUCUAAAGACCUGCCAGCUUUACCCAAUCCCGCUAUAUCUUCUGAACGUUAUCUGUCUACAAUUCCCAUCGCUGCCCUAAUUUGGGAUGGUAGGUGUUGCAAAUCCGAGGCACCACCCGCCUUUCUAUCUGGGGCGAGAGCGAGUUGAGAAGGCGCGUCACAUUUUUAUUUGAAGCCUCCGAGGCAUUCGGGCCUUGAGCGCUGCUGGGGCGCGGGGGGGGGGGACGACGGCCGGCGGCUGCGCGAAAAAAAAUCGAAAACGCACCUUCGAGGUGUGGGGACAAUUUGUGUACGCAGGGCAGGGAAGCCACGGAAGAACCUCCCGUCUCCCCCCUUCACGCCUUUCUCCCCCUCUCCCCGAAAGAGACCCUCCGGGUUAAGUCCCCGAGAACUGCCGUGGAUUACCCCCAACUCUCCGCGGAUACUUAUUCAGCAGCGGCCCUUGCCGAUUUCCACCCUCGACGGGUCUCGGAAAAGCAGCCUCGGCAAUCUCUCGGUCGCCGAGGGUCUGGCGGGGGGAGAGGGGAAGGCAGGCAGCUGGAGAUGGGCGGGAGGGGGGCAGCCAGGCCAGAUCUCGGCUCUAAUCCGAGGGCGCCGCGGCCCCUCUCUUCUCUCCCUCCACCCUUUCUCUCUCUCUCGUGCAGGAAGAAGCGAGCUGGAGGAGAAGGCGGGAGCCGCGCGGCGUGAGCCAUGGCUGAGGGGCAGCAGGUGGGCCCCGUCGCCGCCGACGCCUGGGAGAUCGACGUGGAGAGCCUGGAAGAGCCGGAUCAGCUCGAGCGGCCGUCGCCGGCUGCGCCCCGCGCGCCCUCGCUACAGUCCGCCGGAGACGACGAGGAGGAAGACGACAACCAGGACGACGACGACGAGGAGGGCGAAGAAGACGAAGGCGACGCCGGGGCAGCGGGCGACCUUCUCCGGCUGCCUGGGCUGCCGCAGCCGCAGCUUGUCUCGCCGUCGCCGGCGGCGGAGGAGAGAGGCGUAGGCGGCGGGGAGCAGCCGGUCCGCAAGCUUAGCCGCACACCCAAGUGCGCGCGCUGCCGCAACCACGGCGUGGUGUCCUGCCUGAAAGGCCACAAGCGCUUCUGCCGCUGGCGGGACUGCCAGUGUGCCAACUGCCUGCUGGUGGUGGAGCGGCAGCGCGUCAUGGCCGCCCAGGUGGCGCUUCGCAGGCAGCAGGCCACCGAGGAUAAGAAGGGACAUACAGGGAAACAGGCUAAUUUUGAGCGCAGAACAAUGUACCAGAGACAUGUUCGGACACCUAGUUUGCUGGCUAAAAGCAUUUUAGAAGGUUAUCGUCCCAUUCCAGCAGAACCUUAUCUUGGAGGGAAUUCGUCCUUGCCACCUCCCGUUAGUGACAGAAUGAGAAAAAGACGGGCUUUUGCUGACAAAGAACUUGAGAACAUAAUGCUUGAGCGGGAAUACAAGGAACGAGAAAUGAUGGAAGCCACCCAGGCUGCUGCCUUCUUCCUACCAAACCGCAUGGUCCAUGGGCCCGAGUAUAAUUCAUACAAGAGUUUUAACCCUCAUCAACUUGAAGCUUCCAGUAAGGAGUUUUGCGGUUUUCUGCCUACUUGCUUAGAUCUGACUAUGCAAUAUUCAGGCUCGGGGAACAUGGAACUGAUCUCAUCAAAUCUGAGUGUGGCCACCACCUAUAGGCAGUAUCCUUUACCCUCCAGAUUCUUGGUGUGGCCGAAGUGUGGCCCUCUCAGUGAUGCCCUUCUCUAUCAGCAAUGCCUUCUAAACGCUACCACAGUCCAGUCUCUCAAACCUGGAGUAGUUUGGGACAAUAAGGCUUCACAUGGCCAGGAUUUUCCCACCUCUGAACACGAGAUCACAGUGUCAAAAAAUGAGAACACGUUCCACCAUCCUCAUGUUCAAGAACGCGAGACACCUCAAAGUGAACUCCAAAACAUCUCUCGGGAGGCUCCUGAGAGAUCAGCGUUUUCAUCUCCCAAGAGGACCUUUCCACAGAUCCCUGGCAAGGAUCCUAUAGUUCAUUGGGACCCGUCUCUCAGCAAGAUGGGCAAAGGAAGCAACAAGCAGCAUCUGCUACUGCCACCUUCAUCUAAACAUAGUCCUUUCCAUUCAUUAUUCCAGCAGACGCUUCAGAGCAAAGCGGGAUCAGAGUUAAAAACCACUUUUGAUGAGACAUCCAAGAAAUACAGAGAAAACCCAAAAUACAAAUUCAGCAUUGACAGAUAUGCAAAAGACAUUCUGGAGACUAAACAAGUUGUAACAAAAUUAUCCACAAAUGAACCGUUACCUUUUUCUGUUGAAUCAAUUCUUAAAUGACCAUCUUCAGUGGUCACCAGUCUUUCUCAAUAGGCCGACAAUGGGAUCUUCAAAACAAAUAUAUUGGCACUUAGAAUUGAAUUUAACCGUAUGGGCCAAGAAGCAAGUCCCUAUGAAUUUAUUGGAGAUUUCUUCUAGGCGCUUUAUCCAAAAUACACUUGAAAUAAGUUCUUCAGAUUUUAUUGAAACUGAUUUCCAAUAAACAGGUUUUGAACUACAACACAGCACUAGUAUGAGUCGAUUUCAGAGCAGCUGAGUUGGCCUUUUUUUGGGAAUUGACUAUUCCAAAACUUUAACAAUUAUUGAUAUGCUGUCUGACAAGCGCAUGGCCACUGCCUUUUGCCAUCGUAUUUUUGGAAAAAAGAAUUUCAGAUGUAAAGGGGGAUAAUAAAUGUACAUAAUAUGCAUGUUUUUAUAUAAAAAUAAAAUAUUUAAAUGUUUUGCAAA